AAAAAAAGGAAAAAUAACCUUGUUUUCUUCUAAGAAGGUCCUGCUAAGGUUUGAGUUGUUCCGGUGGGAGGUCCUGUGAGGAGCUUGUUUUUUCUACAGGCUUUUAUUCUUCUGUGUUUCUCUGGGGGAAAUCCAGGUGUUCCGCAAUGCAUCUGCAUGGACAUAUGCCUUCCCUUCUGUCCCAGCUAAAGACUGAACUGUCUUCAAGCUAUGUGCUUUUUCUGGCUUGGUUAAAGCCUCUGGGAGCCUACGGGGUAAGCAAGGGAGAGAAAACAAUGCUGUGAGGACCUCCCCGCGUGGCACGGUAUCCGUAGGUAGUACGCAGCAGGAGAAUGAAUACUUUAAAUGGAUUUUCUCAGCACUCGGGGGCAUGUGUUACUCAGAGCACCGAGGGUGGAGCGGUACAGGACCUGCAAGCUAAAAAAGCUGGCAGAGCAGUGAGCAAAGGGGCUGGUGACAGCGGGGUACUUACCUUUGAAGAUCCUCUAAGCGUAGGCAUCUCCUUGAAUGAAACGUUAAAGCUUCUACCGGAUGAAGUCAAAGCCAACAUGAGAAUCAAAUCAAUCACCCCAAGACCUCCUAGGAAACCCCGGCUGGAGCGUGCGGCCUCUCUGGAUGAGAAAAGCUGGAGGAGGUGGAGACGAUUAAGAACUAGCCAAGAAAGCCUGACCGAUCCCAACGAGACAAGUUCCUCGAACGGUUCUCUGCAGGACGCGUCCCUCAGCCCUGCCGUCGGGGCUAGGGCAGCCCCCUGCGACCAGUGCUGCGAGCAGAAUUCCUUGCGCAGUUCACCCGAUGCCUCAGAAGCAAGUCCCGCGGGGAAGAGCAAAGGUGGCACUGCUGACCUGGGGAAACGAGCCUCUGAGAUCUCCAGUGCCUUCGGUGGGCUCCUGCGGGGGAAAGCGUUCUCGGGCAGCAAGCCCCGGCUGGCCCAAAUAACGCCUACUCGACCUCUGCCGCCCAUGGAGCUCAAUGUGGCCUCUCACGCGCUGAGAACAGCUAAUAGGAUUGACUCAGAUUUUAUGGAUUAUCGACGUUAUUCUCAGCGCGAGUUUGGGAGGGUAAGCAGCAGCUUGAGUGACACCAGGCUCCAUGGCAGCGGGAUGGUCUAUGAUAAUUGUUCCACAGACUCCAUGAAAUCUACCUUCAGCCUGCUCACUCCUAUUCGUGCCAAGGAUGUUCGAAACAGAAGCUACUUGGAAGGCAGCCUUCUGGCAAACGGUGCCUUACUGGGAGCAGAAGAACUUAGCAGAUAUUUCCCUGAUCGGAAUAUUGGAAUUUUUGUGGCUACCUGGAACAUGCAGGGUCAGAAGGAACUUCCAGUGAAUCUGGAUGACUUCUUAUUACCAACGGAUCCUGACUAUGCCCAGGAUAUGUAUGUCAUUGGGGUUCAAGAAGGCUGUCCAGACAGAAGAGAGUGGGAGAUCCGCCUCCAAGAGACGCUAGGCCCCCACUACGUCAUGCUCUACUCUGCUGCACACGGAGUGCUCUACAUGUCAGUCUUCAUUCGAAGGGACCUAAUCUGGUUUUGCUCAGAAGUGGAAUAUGCCACAGUGACAACUCGAAUUGUGUCUCAAAUCAAAACCAAGGGAGCUCUGGGGAUCUCCUUCACGUUUUUUGGGACCUCCUUUCUCUUCAUUACCUCCCACUUCACAUCUGGGGACAGUAAAGUGAAUGAGAGGAAGAUGGACUACAGUAAAACCAUUCAAGCACUUGCACUUCCCAAGAACGUUCCAGACACAAAUCCUUAUCGAUCCAGCUCUAGUGAUGUCACAACUCGGUUUGAUGAAGUAUUCUGGUUUGGUGACUUCAACUUCCGACUAAAUAAGGAUCGUGAGACCGUGGAUUCCAUCUUGAAGCAGAACCUAGAAAAGGACAUGUCCAAGCUACUGGAGUACGACCAGCUUAUUAAUGAAAUGAGUAGGGGGUCUAUUUUCAAAGGAUUCCAAGAGGCUGACAUUCAUUUCUAUCCUUCCUACAAGUUUGACAUAGGAAAGGACAGCUAUGACACCACUUCCAAACAAAGGACUCCAUCCUACACGGAUCGAGUUGUAUACCGGAGUCGGCACAAAGAUGACAUCCAUGCGGUCAAGUACUCUUCCUGUCCUGUCCUCAAAACUUCAGACCAUCGGCCUGUAUUUGCCUUGUUCCGCGUGAAAGUGAGGCCUGGCAGAGACAACAUUCCACUCGCUGCGGGGCAGUUUGACAGAGAGCUCUAUUUAAUCGGAAUAAAGAGACGGAUUACAAGGGAACUGAAGAAACGGCACGAGCAAAAGGACCAAAAAUCCAGCAGCGUAUGUAGCAUUUCCUGAACUGAGAACUCUGCAAUGCUUGUGUUAGAGGUGCCCUGAAAGAGGAUUUCAGGCCACAGCAAAGUCUGCAGGGAACUGUUGUCUGGUUAAGCACCUCUGGCAGCUGCUGUGGCUUCUGAAGAAUGUCUUAAACCUCACCCUGGAUUCAUUUGCAUGAGCUGAUCCACACAGCUCAAGUGAUUUUGCUGAGGAAAAGGGAGUCAGUUAUUUAGGACAUCCAUAUCAACAGAUAUAAUUGAUUUACUUUUAACCCUAUUAUCUUUGGAAGCAGCCUGAUGCAGUCUCUUUGUUCUAAGAUGACUCUACACAGGGUGCGCAGCCCCUGGAAUUGGUAUGACAGGGGGCGGAUGACAUAAGAAAAUUUUUCAGAAGGGCGAAAACGUUUCUAUGUCUGUUUGAUUGGAUCUACUUUGUUUUUUUUUCUCCUUACCUGCAGCCAGAUGUACGGUAUUCUGUAAAAUGCUUAACAGGGACCAGUUUUGUGUGAGGACAGUGUUUGUUUGUUGGGCUUUUUGGCCCUCUCGAGCAAGACCUGUAUGAAUGUACUACAGUACAUUCAAAGUGUACAAACAUUGCCUUUGAUUAAUUAUUGUAUAGGCCUUCUGUUACUAAGGGGGUAAAUAUUAAUCUCUCAAACCAGUAAAUUUCUUUGGUUGUUGAGACUUCUUGAAACAAUCCCAUCCUCAAUUCAUUUGUCCUCCCUAAAGGUGAUAAAACGCUGCCUGGCCUUCAGCAGCAGGACACUGCAGUUGAAAGCAAUGUUCUAAAUACAGCUGUUAUGUAAUGUUCCACCAAAGUGAUUAAGAUAUCAAAUGAGUACUAAGGAAGCAUCCAGAGAAAUUGCAGCAAGUCAGAUCAGCUCAAUUCCUUUCCCUCUGGCUCUAUGAGUUAAAUCCCCUUUGUUUUUAUUUUCCCGAUUCAGUAAACUCUGAAUAACUUGCUAUUUUUGAAGGUAGCGUCUUUUUAAACUUACAGUGAGUUUGGUGAGGACCAGACACGCAUUCUUCAUGAAUUUAUCCCUGUUGAAGGCACUUAAUUUCACUACUACAGGGACCAGUAUGGUGCUGGUAAAAUAUAACUACAGUUAAUAAUGAACAACUCUCGAUGGGCACAGAUUGAAUGGUUAGUCACCUUACUACACAAAAAACAGAGCAAACUAUUUGGAGGAACUGCUGCUAAAACUAUGCAACCUGCCCAAGACAAAGUUUCUGUUCUGCGGUACAGACUUUUACAGCACUGGCCUGUCUGUAGCCAUCAGAUAUUGGGAUUUCCUUUCUUUUUAAAGGAAUAAAAAUAAAUUAAUGCUGUACCUUAAACGAGAACCAGCUCUUGUUGCAGUGUUGAGAACUCAAGGCCUUUGACUGUGUGAUGCAUGCUAACCAUUUGCAUGACAGCAUGCAUUUUUCUUCACCUGGAAAAAUUGACAGGUUUCUUUGGGACUGUUAACGAAGUGCAUUUCACCUGCCAGUUUAAGAAACCCAACCAUUAACUGAUGAACUUCAGAACUCUUGCUCCUUAUUACUUGCUCCAGUCAUUUAAAAGUCUCUUUAUUUUCUUUACAAACGUACACAACAACUGAAUAGGACAGAGGCAUCUACAGACGUCCAUAGUGUGGGGUCCAUAAGAAGCAACGCAACAUCUUUUCUUCCAGUUGCAGGAGGGAAGUUACGGGGAUAAAGCAGACAGUAGCUGCCUCAUAGUGUUCUGCUCCCAGUUUGAUUGCUCCUUAAAAGACGUACCAAGCCAGUGAAUUGCUGCAGUGCAGCAGCCUACGUUUUUUUAAGCGUAUAUGGUAGGGGAUUAGGUAAAUCAGCUCUUACGGGCCACAGUGGCUCCAGUAAUGUCAAGUGUGUUUCACUUAGCUUCACGUCUCUUUCUGUAAUGCGGCAGCAUCCUAGUUUUUCCCAAGAGUCAACCACUUUAUCAUCUUUCCAUCCUCACUUUGUUGAUCUUGACUCCUAACUAAACUGUCAGUCUCACAGCAAAGACAGAGCUAUGUCUUUUGUUUACAAGGCCUUUUUUUGCAGAUGUUCACCUGAAUAACAAUUUGAAGAAAGGGAGAGUAUGAAUUUAAGGUGCAGCAGCAUCUCCUUUAAUAACUUCUUGUUUGGAUGCCAAUUCUGGAGUAAAAGCACUUUAUUCUUUAGCAUAAUCCGCUUGCAAGUGAAAUAAUCUAAAGAAUAGGAUUGCUUUCAUUCUAGAAUAAAUAUCCACAUAGAGUUAGGAAGACUAGCUCCAUAAAUGGAUUUCCCAGAAACUGUUUUCGCUCUAGGUCUACUUUCCUUUGAGCUCUUUCUAGCAAAAUUAUCAAGCUCUUUCCAGACACGUUAUUUCAAAGAGUAUUACAGAAGGUAAGUUACACUGACGAAACGAUCCAUGAUUCUUCUAACAAAAAAAUAGAAUGCAGAAAACUUGUUGCCUAAGUGCACAGGGAUAAUAACUAAUAUUUUCCAAAUUCAUUUCGACCAAAUAUUUGUCCACCUUGGUAAUAGCUAUAAAUAUUCUUUGAAAUCACAUAUGUAAGCCAGACCCUUUAACAGCAUUUUCAGUCUUCCUAUGCCCGCAUAAGGCUGCGGGCUCCCAGUGUAUGUCACUGGAGGCCAACUGACUUGUCAAACCGAACGUCUCUAAAUCAAUGUUUUAACUAACAAAUGUGGUAGAUUUGGAUUGUCACCAUCAGCCUUAUGAAGGAAAGCUAACGUGAACACGCUCUGUGCCUUUACCAGAGCAGCCUAGCCUGAAGGCGCCUGUAGUUUAAUCCCAUCCGGCCCACUGCCAGCCAACAUGGCCAACUGUCUGCCCUGCACAGGUGCUGUGGCCACAAUGGAGGGAAGGGCAGGCUGCCACAUACCUCAAAAAUGGCACACACAGGUGCCUCCACGCUGGCAGCCCUGCCUGUGCUGCCGAAAAGGCUGGUCUUGCACUAUGAUUAAGUGGUAACACACUUAUUCCUUCUCAGCUACAUGCUUUCCGCUAGUGAUGAAUAUUCUGCCUUGCUGUGUUCUCCCCAAUGCCAAGAAAAGGCUGCAUACAGCCAUCUUCUGCCAUAAAUCUACUCAGAAGGUGAAAAAUAACUCCUCCAGAGCCAGGAUGGCUUAUAAGCCCACAACAUAAUGAGCUCGUCGCAGUCCAAUCUUGUGAAGCAGUUUUGUUCAGCUGUAGCUUACUCCCAUGUUUGCACACUAUGCCUGGAAAGGUAUGGGCGGUUUUGCAGCAAUGUUAUAAUCCAACAAAUGUUUA